AAUUAUGCUCAAUCAACGUUUCUAAGUAAAUCCAACAAGCGUAUGCAAGCUCAAAAAUAGGACGUGAAUUUUCAACCUAAAUCAUUCUCCAUUAUCAUCAUCUUUCUUCCUAACCGCCGACUGCCGGAGAUUGGCAGUAUGGCGACGAUGAUGGCUAUGAAGGUUGUGGACUUCGCCUCUCAGUCCAUCAUGGAAAAGCUAGAGAGGAUGCUAGUGGAAGAAGCCGCGUUGCUGGCCGGAGUAGAAGAUGAUGUCCGGGACAUAGUCGCUGAGCUCAGAAGCAUUACCUCUUUCUUGACGGUCAUGUCAACAAGGCGCAGUCUGGAUGAUCAACUCCAGAACUGGGUGCAGGAAGUGAGGGAGGUGGCCUACGAUGCCGAAGACUCGAUCGAUGAGUUCGAGUGCCGUCUCCGAUCCACGUCCUACGACGAGCGCGGAGUCAAAGGUUUUUUCAUGCGCUUCUGUCGCUGCUUAAAGUCAUUGAAAGCUCGCCAUGACAUCGCUUCCGCGCUCAAGAAAUUGAAGGUUGAAGUAGAAGAGAUCAGAAAGCGGCACGAUCGAUAUUCCCACCCAAACGAAGCUGCAAGCUCUGGCACCGCCACCAGCUUGGACAUGGCCGACAGCUACUCCGAUCCACGGAUCAUCGGUCAUUUUGUAGAGGAAGCUCAACUCGUGGGCAUCAACCAGAGUAGAGAUACGCUCAUCGAGUGGGUGAUGGACGAGAAUUGUCUCGAGUUCACAGCGAUUUCUCUGGUCGGAUUCGGUGGUUUAGGAAAGACAACUUUGGCCAAGACAAUCUAUGACGAUCCUAUUAUUGUCGGAGGCCACUUCCAAUCUCGAGCUUGGAUCGCGGUGUCACAAAAUUACAACAUCAGAGAACUUCUCAAAAAGAUAAUUCGGCAAAUUUCAGUCAAGGAACAACAAGUCCGAGAUGUUCUAGGGUGCCAAGAUGCCAGUUUGAACACAGAACAACUUCUGAACAUGAUGGACGAGUCACAAUUGGUGCAGACAGUCAGAGGAUGUCUCCAUGGAAAGAGGUAUUUGGUGGCUUUCGAUGACGUCUGGAGCACUGAAGCAUGGGAAAGCUUGAGCAUUGCACUACCACAAGGUAAAGAAGGAAGCAGGGUGAUAGUGACCAGCCGCAGUGAGGCAGUGGCAAAUGCAUGUUGUUCGCGUAAUCGUCAAUUUAUAUUUAAAAUCUCUCCUUUAUCACCUGAACUAUCUUGGGAGUUAUUCUGUAGAAAAGUAUUUGAUGCACCUGACUAUGGUUGUCCUCCGGAGCUUGAAAAUGUCGGCAGAGAAAUCGUGCAAAAGUGCGACGGACUGCCACUUGCGAUUGUGACAGUAGGAGGUCUUCUGGCUUCCAAGCCGGAUAAAAUACUUGAGGAAUGGAAAGACUUGCGCGACCAUCUUGGCUUCGAGAUAGAGAAGUCGAAGAUCCAUCGGAUACUAGUUUUGAGUUACAAUGACUUGCCUUACCAUCUCAAGCCUUGCUUCUUGUUCUUAGGCAUCUUCCCUGAGGAUUAUGAGAUUCACCGGAAGCGCCUGAUGAGACGGUGGAUUGCCGAAGGGAUUGUGAGUGGCGUAGGCGGCUUCGCCGCUGAGAAAGUCGCCGAGCGCUGCUUCAACCAAUUGGUGAGUCGUAGUUUGAUGCAGCCAUCAAAAUUCGACGAUAAUGGGACAGUGAAAUCCUGCCGCGUCCAUGACAUGAUGCUUGAGGUCAUAAUCUCGAUAUCGAGGAAGGAGAACUUUGUGGUGCUACUGAACGAGCGCCCACCGCGACAUCAGAAGAUAAGACGCUUAUCGAGCCAUGGUGGAAGCAGUGGGCUCGUGCCUGACACUGACCUGUCCCACCUCCGAUCCUUCACUGCGUUCGGCAAGGAUGUACCACUGAAGGAUUACAGAAAGCAGAGGCUGUUGAGAGCAAUUGACCUGGAAGUAAGUUCGAACUUGUUUGAUCUCCACCCCAGGAGCUUUUCCAAGUUGUUUCUCCUGAAGUACCUGUCUCUAAGAGACUCUCCUAUAUCGGCGUUGCCAGAUUCAGUAGGCGAUUUGCAAAAUCUAGAGUUUUUAGAUAUAAGAGGAACUUAUAUUGAAGAACUACCCAAUACCAUCGUCAAACUCCAAAAACUGGUCUAUCUGCUCGGUGGUUUGAAUCAGCAGCAUCCUCCGGGCAUGUUCACAAUUCUACGCUUUGUUACUUUGUUUAAGUUAAAGUUCCCGAAAGGAAUAAGAGAAUUGAAAAGACUUCGCAAGUUGGGAAUGACAUAUGCCGAUGAUGAGCAGUUGCUGCAGGAGAUCGGUGAGCUUGCCGAGCUCGAGAAGCUCGCCAUCUGUUUCGGCGAUGAUGAUCUAGUAAGCGGAGUGCUGGAGGGGAUCAGCGCCCUGCUUUCGAAGCUCAGUGGCAGCCUUCGAUCCCUAACAAUUUUUCAUGCUGCGUACGGCGAUCUGAAAAGGGCACUCGACGAGGUAGCUUCGCCGCCAUUGCUGCUCUGCAAGCUCCAGAUAGACGUCGUGCUCGGCGGAUUGCCUGCCUGGUUUGCAUCCCUGAAGCAGGUCGUCAAGAUAACUCUGUUCAACACACGGCUGCAGCUCCAGGAUCUGCAAGUCUUGAGAAAUCUCCACGCUCUGGUCAAGCUGGUCCUAGGGUGUGAGUCUUUCGACAAUGAUGAUGAGGAUUUGAUCUUCGAUCGGGGAGGAUUCACGCAACUCAAGUUGCUGGAAAUUCAAUCGCACUGUGUGAGUUUCGAAGAAGGUGCACUCCAAAACCUCGAAAUCCUCAAACUGGCUGGUUAUUUCCCUAAUGAAUACGGCGUGUAUGGUAUAGAACAUCUGCAUGGGCUCAGGGAGGUCCACGUUCAUACUGGGAAUGAAGAUCUGGGAGAGAUGGUCAAGAAUAUUGCAGUGUACCAUGCAGCGCGUCCCAAAUGUUUUGUGAAAAUAGAGGAAUCUCCUUCAGAUAUAUGAUUUCACGUUUUUACUCGGAGGAAACAGAGCUUUCUUAUGGGAUCAGGCAGGUGUGUACUGGUUCUUUGUUAAUCUCUUCCAUCGUGCAUAAUUCUGAAACUUGUUGUUCUGCUAUUCAAAUUGUGCUUUGUUAUUCUCUUCCAUGUUGCGUUGCUUGCUGGCGUUUGCAUUUCUGAAGCAGUGUGUAAUUUCCAAACAUUUGUCUCUUAAUAAAUUCCUAGUCAAAAUAAGCGUGGUUGUA